AUGCGGCGGGUAGCGCCGCUGGUUCGCAGAAUUGCUCAGGGCGCCGUGCGCUACAGCCAAGGCUGCUGCGGGAUGGGGAUGUUCUACGCGGUGCGGAGGGGCCGCAGGACCGGGGUCUUCUCGACUUGGAAGGAAUGCAGAGCACAGGUGGACCGGUUUCCUGCUGCCAGAUUUAAGAAGUUUGCCACCGAGGAUGAGGCCUGGGCCUUUGUCACAAAGUCUUCGAGCCCAGAUGGCUCAGAAGGGAAGAAAGAUACACAGGAAUCACAGGUGAAAGCCAGCAAGCGGCUCUGGGAGCCUCUGGAGGACAGUGAAGACAGAGGCACAGAGCCGAGUGCCAAGCUCUCGAAACAGAACACGGAGCCGGCCCCUCCCAUUAGCAGGAACACAUUUUCUUACAUGGGAGACUCCAUCAUAGUCUACACUGAUGGCUGCUGCUCCAGUAACGGGCGGAGGAGGGCACGAGCAGGCAUCGGCGUCUACUGGGGCCCCAGCCACCCUCUGAAUGUAGGCAUCAGACUUCCUGGGCGACAGACCAACCAGAGAGCGGAAAUCCAUGCAGCCUGCAAAGCCAUAGAGCAGGCCAGGGCCCAGAACAUCAGCAAGCUGGUGCUGUACACAGACAGCAUGUUCACCAUCAACGGGAUCACGAGCUGGGUACCGGGCUGGAAGAAGAACGGGUGGAGGACAAGCACGGGGAAGGAGGUGAUCAACAAGGAGGACUUCAUGCGGCUGGAGGGGCUCACGCGGGGCAUGGACAUCCAGUGGAUGCACAUUCCUGGCCACUCUGGAUUCACGGGCAACGAGGAGGCGGACAGGCUGGCGAGAGAAGGCGCCCGGCAGUCUGAAGAGAGCGGGGUCGCCCAGGACCCAGGACUUGGGAGCCAGGGCUGCGGGGACCUGUGGCCCCCAGUGUGUGCUGUGUGA